UACAACACCCACAGUUAGUGAUCUUAAAGCGACGACCCUCAUUUCCCUCUCCUGCAACACUGGGUUCCUCUUUUGCUGCAAAUUUGUGUUUGAUUUGCUGAUGACCACAUGUGUGUAGUGGUAUAGAUGGGAAUAGCCCUGAAUAGCCUUCAUUACUGUUUUAUUUUUUGAAUUUAUUUUUAUUAACAUACUCAUUAUACCUUCAGUGAGUUGAGCUGCACAUCCCAUAAGCUUGUGUAUGAUGGUGUGUGAUGUGAAGUGGGCCAAGUCGGGGUUCAGGCUCAUAUGAGGAAGUGACUGUCAGUGUUGCUGUGAAAUGGAGUUUGAUUUCAUGUGUGUUUGUUGAUUUUGCAGGUGAAAACCGCGGUUGAGUUUCAUGUGAUGAGCUUACAUAAACUCUAGAGUGAGGUGAUACCAUUCUGUUCAGAUCGUGAUCAUCAUCACCACCACCACCACCAUCAUAAUCAACAUCAUCACCACCACCACCACCAUCACCACCAUCAGCAGUCAUGUCCUCUUGCUCUCUCCUGCUGCUUCUGCUGGUUCUCGACAGCCUUCAGUCCUUCAUAAAGGCCCAGAAUAACAGUGCUGAGUCUACUCCUAUAAUGCCUGAUGAAGUUGGAGAAUACAUGACAAGGGAUCUGAGACCAUUCCUUCAUACAGAAUCUCUCCAGAUCCUUCAAAUCCAUGCUGGUGGACUCUCCUCUUCAGUUCACCCCACAGGCUUUCUAUGGGGUUCAUGUCAGGUGCCUGGGAUGGCCAUGGCAGGACCUUGAUUUUGUGUUUUACCCUAAAGAGCGGUCGUCAUUUGUGUGCAGACCCCGGCGUCGAGUGGGUGAAGAACAUCAUGAAAAAAAUUGACCAGCGCCUGUUUGCAAGUCUGACCUAAAAUCAGACGAGUUCUUAAAUCCUCUCUCCAUUAUUAAGUAAUUAAUAUUUUUUUAACAAAAUGCACUUUUUAUAUAGCCGGACAGAAGAAAUAAAGCUUUUUAUUAUAACUCAUGUUUAAACAUAAACUGAGCCUAGCAUUGUUUAACUGAUUUAUUCUAUAGACUGUGGACAUAAAUUCAUUUAUUUUUUAUGUAUAAAUUGGAUCUUUAGUUUCAGGGCUUUUUUUAAAUUACAUUUUCCCAUUUUAAAAGAAAACAAACACUUUAAAAUUUUAAUGUCACAUCUUUGAUCCCAGCAUUAAUAUGUACAUUUAUGGCUAAUCAGUAUGUUUGUUUCAUUCUUUGGAUUUUUCUCUCCCAUGUAUGGGGUUCCUAUUUUGCUGCAAAAUUGUGUUUGAUUUGUUGUUGUCUUCAUGCAGGUGUGUACAAUAUUUUUCUCUUUUUUUUUCUGUUUUUCUUAGUAUUUUCUAAUUUUCGUAUUUUUUUCUUAGUAUUUUAAAAUGAUACCAAUAAUACUUUUUUUUUAAACUCUUUCUCCCUUACCAGUGGCUUGAAUUGUCUAAUCAAUCACUAAAUAGAGUAAGACUGAUUAUAUCUCACAAAAAUAGUAGAAGAAUUUAGGUCAAUAAAUAAUCACUUUAUUAUGAGACAUGUUAAUCUUUAAUGCAGAAGUUCACAUCCUCAACAUUUCUGUGUAUUUAUGUAGACUGACAGAUACAGAAAUAUACAUUAAGAUACACAGAAUUAAUGUAAGAAAAAAAUUGUUAAAAAAAAGAAAGAAUUAAUUUGCUGUGGUGUGUAAUCACUGACACGCCAAAGGUUUUGUAAGGAGACGUUUACUUAGCUUUUAUGAAAGGAGUCACACACACACAAUAACACAUGUAGUGGUCAGGGGGAUUUUCAGUCAAUCCCCCCUUUGCUAAUAAGAAAAAUAAAAUAAAAUCCCCCGAAGCACCUAAACCUAACCCCCCCAAUCCCCCAAUCCCCCCAAAACCACACGCAUUCUUGCUUUCCUGGAUAAAAUGACUUGUAAUUGGUUGCGUAGUACAUUUGAUGAGUUAAUGGCAUUUGAUGAUUUUAUUACAAAUCAGGCUGGCCAUCCUCAAAAAUUUUUAGGGUUAAACUUGGCCCAUCCAUACACCACUCUCAGGAGACAUAAAAAUUUGACUACCCUUCCUAGGCCUAUGUUUCCCGCGGCAACCAGGAGCUCCUCCCACUGGUGGGCUUGGCCGGUGAGCCAGGACAACAAGAACCUAAGCCCCUGCUUCUCUUCAAGCUCUCAAAAUAAAAUUGGCACUUUAGCAAGAAUCAUUCCGGAGGGCAUUCUGUGCCUUCAAAGGGAGCUGGGGUGUCCAGGUGAAUCCUCUGGGGGAACUUUACAGUGUCAAAUGUUGGCAUGGUCAUCCCAACAUAAGUGUACAUCAAAUUCUGAAGAGGUUCCUCAUCUGUUCAGAGUCAAAAGCAGCAACGUGACACAUUAUUAUGAUACAAAAAAUAACUUUGAAUUGUCUUAUAGCCAUAAACUAACAUUCAGUCAUGCUAGUUGCUUAUCUGACGCUUUGUAAACAAGGAAUUUUAUAUAACUAGACCUUUACAAAUUUUACUUGAAUCUCAAGCUGGUGUCUUUCUUAACCUUCAGACUCCACACUAUCACCUUGUACAUCAUUCAGUCUUUACCUCCUUCACGAUAACACUUUACCCCCCCUCCACCCCCAACACAAACACACACACACACACACACACUAGUUUCUGUUGACCACAAACAGCACCUUUUGUACUGCGGUCAUUGUUCUCUUGUACUUCAAGUUCUGAAGAAGUACCUCAUCCGCCAAAAGCAGCAACAUGAUGCAUCACUACAAAACAAAACAUAACCACUUUGAGUUGUCUUAUAGCCAUAAACUAACAUUCAGCCAUGAUAAUCUUGUAUCUCAACCUUUGUAAACAAGAAAUCUUAUGUACCUGGUCCUUUAGAAUUUUUACUUGAAUGGUACUUUGUUAGCAACAUUUUUAUUUUAUUUUAUUUUUUUUACAUUGGAUACUCUGUUUCUCUAUUGUGUGAUGAUUUACUGUUUUUACAGAUUUAAUGUUUUACUCCAAUAAAACUGCACUUGUUUAUUUUAUUGUAUGCAAAGUGAGUUGUAAGUUUGGCUGUGAAGUGUUAAACGCUGCUCGUGUCUGUCUCAGUUUAACUGAAAACCACAGCUGAUUUCCUGUGUUUCUUAGUCAAAGUGGAACAUCUUGUGGCCCCUUGACCCAAGCCACACUCUCCCAUUCCUCUCAUAAGUUGAGUGCUGAGGUGAUACCUGCAUUAAUACGAUUGUGUUCACAUCACCAUCACCAUCAUCAUCACCAUCAACACCAUCAUCGUCAUCACCAUGUCCUCUCGUUUUCUCCUGCUGGUUCUGCUGGUUCUCUUCUACCUUCAGUUCUUCACAACUGCACAACUGUAUGUAGGUGGACCAGAUGAAUGCUGUUUCGAAUACCAGACACAUCGAAUCCCUGUAAGACUCAUUACAGGGUAUAAAGAAACAGACCAGCGUUGUACAAAAUCUGGAGUCAUUUUCACGCUAAAGCGCAGUCGCCAUGUCUGUGCAGAUCCCAGAGUUGAGUGGGUGCAGAACAUCAUGAAAACAAUUGACAAGGGCUCGUUUAGAAGCCGGGUCCAACCUGAAGAGCCUGACAACCCAGUUCCUCCUCCCUCAACCAGGAGAAACAAGCCUGACAACCCAGUUCCUCCUCCUGUACUCAGUAGAAACAAGCCUGACAGCCCAGUUCCUCCUCCCUCAACCUGUAGAAGCAAGCCUGACAAUCCAGUUUCUACUGCCUCAACCAAUACAGACCAGCCCGACAACCCAGUUCCUUCUCCCUCAACCAGUAGAAGCAAGCCUGAUAAUCCAGUUUCUGCUGCCUCAACCAAUACAGAACAGCCUGUUACUACUAGCGAGCGAGUUUCUACUGCCUUACCCAAUACAGAACAGUCUGACAAGACACAUUCUCCUGCCUCAUCAAAUAUUGUACGUGCAACUGGAGCAGAUGUGUAUUGCAUCACAUACUAGAAGAAUCCAAUAACUGUAAAAUUUAUUAAAGUGUAUGCGCAUCCGAAAGCUGGAGCCAUGUAAGUUUUCAACCAGUUGUUACUCUUUCCUUGGAGAGUAAUUGAUAUUAUUUGAAAUUUAUAUUAUGAUAAUUUAUGACAACUAAUUGCUAUGUGAGGUUACUUCAUUUGUUUCAUUUUCACAUUUAAAAGAAAACAAUGUUGGUUGCAUUAAAAGAAUGAUAAUAUCAUGUAAUAAUAAUAUUGCAUAAUAAUGUUAUCUUUGAUAGCAAUGUUUAAUAAAAAGAUAAUAAAAAAAAUAUUUAUUUAAACAAACAAACAAACACACAAGCAAAUAAAUACAUAUACAUACACAAAAAGGCUAUGGCUAUUGCUUGUGAAAAACAUUAGAAGAAUUAAGGUCAAUAAAUAAUCACUGUACUAUGAGACAAUGCAGAAGUUCACAUCCUCAACAUUUCUAUGUACAUAAACUGAUGGAUACAGAAACAUACAUAUAGACAGAAAAAAUUAUUAAGAAUAGAAGAUUCUAAGAAUAAAAAGAAAAUAAAAUUAUUUCCUAAAAAAGAGAAGGAAUGAAUUUCCUGUGGUGCUUCUCUGUACAAAAUGCUUCACUGUCUAUCACUGUCCAUCUAUUGUGCAAAUCUUAAAACAAAGCUCAGCAUCUUUUGGAGGUGAAAAUGCCCUGAACCACAAGCUGUAAAAUGCUGCUGUUAUUUUUGACAUAAUAAUCUCAUUAUUUUGACAUAUGGAUCUAUCCAAGCUUAUUUCAAUUUAUACAACAGCAGCUCUGACAGUAGCGCAGCUGCUGCACUUGUUCUAAUACAUUAUCGUUUCUAUAGUAACAGUUCAUUUACAGGGACUUGUACGGUGGCCAAUCCACAUAUAAAAAACAUCUAAUAAUUGAUAUGGUGAAGUUUUCCAUAAGGAGAUGUUUAUUUAUGGAAGGAGUCUCCAGUAUCAGUGCUUUGUAACAGUCAGAGGUAAAGUUGUAACAUUAAGUUUUCUGACAUCUUCAGGACAGAGGAGUUCACACCAUGUGGUUUCUCAGUAACAUGACAAGCUGCAUUUUUUUAAACUUCAUUAGAGAGGAAAAAGAGAGGCAGGUG